ACGUUGCGGUUAUUAAACUACUCAACAGAUCUUGCAGAAGUUAAAGGUGGAAGGCAUGUAAGUCCUUUCUGGAGUCCUGAGCUAGAGGAAACUGUUCAAAGGCGUAGGGAGGCAAGGAAAAAAGCAGAAAGGGAACCAACAAGAGAAAAUAAAUCUUACUACAAUAAACUCACUGCUCAAGUUCGUUUAUUGACAGGGAAAACAAAACUUGACAAGAGGAAACUGCUGACCAUGAUGCCAUACAAGUUGAUUCCUCUGGAUCAUGGGAAGCUGGUUCUAAGUCCUGGGGACAAAGGCUUCCUGAUCAGUCUCUCUAAGCUCAGGUGGAAUAAACCUGCGGGGAUGGAAAUUAUUAAGCUAUUCAAAAGUUACACACAGCAGUACUUUGAGAAAAAGUGUGCAGAAAAAAACAUACAACCUAAUGAAGAAAAAACUUCCAAGCUUAGCAACUCAGAUGGGAAAAAAAACUGUGAGGAGGCACCAAACUCUUCUGGUAUUGAAUUUAUUCAGAGGGAGUUAGUUUACCAUAACUGUGGCUUUAUAGCUUGCAAUCUUGAAGAACCAUCAGAAUUUGCACAUUUUGUUCUUAGUAAACUGUCGGAGCUAAAAACUGAAUCCACUUCCAAAUUUCCGUUCCGCAUCAUGCCAGUGGAAGAGGUGUGUGAGGCCAAGCCUAAGGCGCUAGAGAAAGCUGUGCUACCACUGAUAGAAAAAACUCUGGGAUCAAGCCAACUGCCUCUUAGAUUUUCCUUGUUGUUUCGAGGAAACAAUGAGAUGGAGUCACUAACUCAGCAAGACGCCAAAGCCAUUGUUCGCAACUGUGUUUGGGCAGUGAACCCCAGCUGCGUCCAGUGCAUCAAGUACCAGGACUACGCUGUUGUCAUGCACAUGUUGCCCCCCCUGCUGCUCAUUGGCGUCUGUCAAGAUUUCCAGAGGCUGGCAGGCUACAACACAUGGACCAUACGCCAGGGCCCAGAUCUGACAGACCUGGGGGAGGACAGUGAGGAUGAAAUCAGUGACGAUCCUAACUUAGAGGAAGAAGAAGAGAAAAGGAGAAAGCUGCGCAUCAAGCGCAAACGUCGUGCUGAAAAAGCAGGAUUGGGGCAGCCCGAUGAGAGCAUCAAAACAUUUCCAGAUGAAAUGGAAGAUGAUGAAGCUGGUGUGGACUGUAGUGGUGAUGUUGAAGAUGGUGUUGGUGUAGAAUGUAGUGGUGAUGUUGAAGAUAGUGUUGGUAUAGACUGUAGUGGUGAUGUUGAAGAUGGUGUUGACAUUAAUGAAAAUGGUUCAUUACCAUGACAGACAUGAUGAUUGUAUUAUGUCACAAAAUAUAGUGGUACCCUGUAGAUUGAACAUGUUGGAGGUAAAAAAGACACCCCCCCCCCCCCCUUAGAACAGUUCUACCAAAUGUCACUAAACAUUUUAGUGAUAUAGGAAAUCAAGUUUUGAAAGAUCAUCAUACAUUAUGUCAACUGUAUUAUUUAAUUCCUUUUGUAAAAUACUAAAGACUAUUUGUUUUUUAUGCUUUAUAUUUUAUCCUUUAUUCUUUCUUGCCUUUAUGUUUGAAUAUUUUAAAAUCAGCUCUAUUUGAAUGUUUUAAAAUGCAUUUAUGUUAAUUUUCUCUUAGCAAGUUUGUGAAUAUCUUUUCAAACUUUGAUCCCAAAUAACUAAUCCUAUGCCAUGUUGUGUUUGUCCAAAUAAAUUAGAGUAAACUUAAUUGUUUGACCAGGCCCCUCAUUCUACUUAAAAUAAGCCUUUUUCAGUCUUCAAUUUUAAUUAUAAAUAAUCAAAAAAGAAAAUAUUUUUAUGAAAAAAUAACUAAAUAUUUUUAAUGACAAAGUUUAAAUACAUUUACUUAGAAGAAAAAAAAAUUGAUCAUGUACCAUUAUUUAUACAUAACUAAUUAGAAAGGCCUGUGUUGUUGGGACUACCAAAUUCAUAUAGUGAUUGUUUGUUUGUAGUUAUAUAAAUAAACUUUGUAUUAUAUUUAAGAACAAAUGUUAGUGCAUAUAUAAAAGGUUGUUAUUCUAAAUAUUAUUUUUUUAAUUGGAAGGCCAAACUGUAGCUUCCUUUAUUUUGUUAGACAUUGAAUGAAUGAUAAAAGCCAAGUACUGUUUGAACAUUCUAUAUUUCAAUUGACAUUGCAAUUAUUUUCAUGUGCUCAAAGACAUAAAAGGAUGGCUUACAUAGAAUGAUUAAAAUGAAAAAACUUUGAUUAAAUAAAGAUAUUCCUAAGACAAAUAAUCACACACAAAAAGCCAACCAUUAAAACCCAGACAGUUUGUUCAUUUGUCAUGGUUUAAAAUGGAUACAAAUAUUGCACUCAAAUUAUCAUGUUAUAAUUUACAAUAUAAAGUAUUCUGCUAGGGUAAGAUAGGAACCGCUAGAUAUAAUGGCUAAACUGUCAUAAAAUACCUAGAUAAAGACCAACUGAACAUUUUAUAAAAGAAGUUAUUAAAUUACCUACAGACCCACAAAGUAAUCUUUAGUGUCUAACAACCACAAAUAUACUUAUUGUAUGUAACUGUGAUGUUUUAAUU